CCUCCUAUCUUCUGUCAUCCAUGAAGCUCAUGCUUCUGGUUUUGACCGUUACCCUGACACUGGCCCAGGCCGCCAAAGUCAUGAAGUGUUGGCGCAGUGUGGGAAUUUGCAGAACCACGUGUGAACAGGGUGAAGUAUUCCACAUAUUAUGCAAUGCUGAGGCCAAGUGCUGCGUGAAUCCGAAGUACGUGCCUGUCAACACUAAAUCCUCAAACUCAGCUGGAAGCCUGGGAUAACCUUCUGCAGCCCGACAGGUCGUAGCCAACCCGAGUCUAACAUCACUGGAUCCCACAGUUCUAUUAAAUCAUU